UUUUGUCUUCAUCUUCCUCUCCACUUCAUUACCACACAUUGUCUAUCUCUACCACUGCAGGCAGUAAGUUUCAAUAGUGAAUGUUAUUUUGUCUUCAUCUUCCUCUCCACUUCACUACCACACAUUGUCUAUCUCUACCACUGCAGGCAGUAAGUUUCAAUAGUGAAUGUUAUUUUGUCUUCAUCUUCCUCUCCACUUCACUACCACACAUUGUCUAUCUCUACCACUGCAGAGACAAUUGUAAUGCCGCCGCGCCACCUUGUCUUGAUGUGCAGUUGUGUUGUCGUAUAUAUCCAUGGCCAUAAGACAUGAAAAAUAGACACUACAGUAUUAGACCACAUUAUUGCAUAUACACUACAAUGAUAUAAAAUUGCUGUUUGAUUUUCUUGUUGCACUCUCAUUUGCAACAUCAUUGUGCUGUAAUAUUGGGGGCGGGGCUUGAGUCGCAUGAUGUUGACCACUCCCACCACCGACCACACCCAUCCUGCGCAGCAGACUAGGCGGGGCAUUCCUGAACCUCUGUCCGACAGCCAGUAGCCUAUUGGUAACCUGUGACCCCUGCUGUGGCUGGGAAGAGGGAGGAGCAGCAGUUAUAGUUUCCUCCACUGUAGCAGAGUCCCCUGUUCCUCCAAUGUCAGGUCCACCAUCAGAGGGUAUGUCGUGAAGGUGAGGUCUUAUUUGCCGGAGAGGAACCUCCAGUGAUUGGUGGGUCUUCUGCUGCCCCUGAUCUCGACGAACCCUGCCCAGCAGUUUCCCUCUCAGCUGGUUGAGUCUUCCUCCUCCCUCUCCCCGUGAUGAAGAUGAUGAUGGUUUACUCGAUGCCAUUUCAGGCUGCGAGCUAACGAGGUGGGUGUGGUCAUAUACUGUCCCCAGUCCACGCCGGGGUAGUGGUUCAGUACCAGAAUCGGACCCGGAGUCCAGCGAAGGCAUCGUCUCAAAGGCAAAGUUUCUUGCCCUGACGUGUCCACCAGGAUGAUCGUGGUCGGCAGUAGUGAUGGAGGGAGGAGGUGAAAGACUGUCCUCGUUGUUGACACUGGAGAUGAUGUCAUCGAAGCUCUGACUGCGAAGUCGUUGGAUCCUGUGAGUUGGCACAUGUCUCUUAGGCAGA